AUGCCAGUAAAAGUUUCUGCUGAAGAUCAAAUUUCAUUAUACAAAAAACAAGCUGUCACAGUGGAUGAUUACUCCACCAGUAGCUUCAUCAUUAAUAUCAUAAAGCAUCUCCGAAAAAACAUGGAUUUGCAUAGAAUCACUUUACCUGCCUUUAUCCUGGAACCAAGAUCUAUGCUAGAGAAAGUCACGGAUUUCAUGAGCCAUCCGGAUAUUCUUUUACAAGCUAGUCAAACGGAACAUCCAUUAGACAGGUUUAUGACCGUAGUCAAAUUCUAUUUAUCCGGUUGGCAUAAUGAGCCAAAGAAUGUCAAAAAGCCCUAUAAUCCAAUUCUAGGUGAACAAUUCAAAUGUAAAUACAAGUAUGAUUUCAAUGGGAAAGAAUCAGAUGCUCUCUUUGUAGCAGAACAAGUAUCUCAUCAUCCACCUAUAUCUGCCUAUUAUUACUCCAACCCAGAAAACAAUAUUGUCAUGAAGGGAAACAUUUCGCCAAAAUCAAGAUUUUUGGGUACUUGUGUUGGGAAUUUUAUGGAAGGAGAUAAUUGUAUCAUGCUCAAGGAUGAAACUUAUACCAUUACCAUGCCCAAUAUGUAUGUCAAGGGAAUCCUAUUUGGUAGAAUGGAACUAGAGUUAGGCGGACAAUGUUACGUUGAUUGUAAAGAAACUGGAUUUAAAUGUGAAUUAGAGUUCAAGACAAAGGGCUUUUUCGCGGGUGAAAGAGAUGUCGUUGUAGGUAAUGUGAUCGAUACUACAACAGGUCAAAUCGUUUGUUCAAUUUCUGGAAAUUGGGCAGACAAAAUAUACAUGACCAAGGAAGGCGUAACAUCCAUCUUAUUUGAUGCAAGCACUGCUAUAUCACAUCCAAAAAUUGUGGCAGAGAUUAAGGAUCAAGGCCCAUUAGAGUCAAGAAGAGUAUGGUCUAAAGUGACAGAUGCGAUACAUAGAAGAGAUAUGGAUACUGCUACCGAUGAAAAGACCGUUGUUGAGGAUAAUCAACGUCAAGAGAGAAAUCAGCGUGCUAUCGAAGGCAAACCAUUUGUUUGUACUUACUUUGAUUAUUCUGAAAACAAACAAAUCCAUGAAUUUAAAAUACCCCCGAGUCAUACGCAUAAAAAGAAUUGUGAUGCCAAAGCACGAAUUAUUUUUGUACUUUCUAUGGUGAUUCGUCGUUACUGA